ACAGUGUGUGUUGGACCAAUCACGUAAGACCACGAUCGCAAUGUCUGUGUGGCUUUAUAGUUUUGUCGUACUAACUCACAGAUAAGUGAUUAUUCCACAACAAGCAACUAAACAUAACUAGUGUAUAUAUUUUAAAUAAUAAAACAUCAUCAUUUAUAAAAAAUUUAUAAAAUUUAAAAUGUUUCCUUGUGGCUUAAUAUUUAUUUUACUAAAUCUUUAUUCAGACGUGGGUGGCAGCGUAUCACAACGUGAUAUCGACAAGCAUUUGGAGAUGAGUCGUAAUUUUUUGGUGAGAGGACAACUCCAAGAUGCGUUGACACAUUGUCAUGCUGCUGUUGAUGGAGAUCCUAAUAAUUAUAGAGCGUACUAUCAAAGAGGUAUCGCGUAUUUCGCGUUGGAGAAACCGAAAUUUGCGCUGCAAGAUUUCGAUAAAGUUCUAGAACUUAAACCAGACUUUAUUGCUGCUAGAUUCCAGCGUGCUAAUGUUUUAUUUAAACAAGGGCAGUUUGAUAAAGCUGCUAAAGAUUAUCAGCAUGUGUUGGAAGUUGAGCCAUCGAAUGAUGAAGCGCUGAAAAAUUAUUACCUGAUAGAUGAAGUUCGUGACAAUAUUGAGCAAGCAAAGGCGCUAAUACACAGCGGGCGACACUAUGAAGCCGUUGAUCUAAUCACCACGGCAAUAGAAUUGUGUCCUUGGAAUGCUGAAUUACGUGAACUAAGAGCUGAAUGUCAUGUUGCUAACAAAGAUUAUAUGAAUGCCGUAAAUGAUUUCCACUCAGCAACAAAAUUACUGUCCGAUAACACUGAAGGAUUAUUGAAAUUAUCAAACUUUCUUUAUCGCCUUGGUCAUGUUAGUGAGUCAUUAAAUGAGAUAAGAAGCUGUUUAAAACGUGACCCAGAACACAAAGAAUGUUUCAAGUUUUACAAAAAAAUAAAAGACGUCGCUAAAAAUCUUGAUGAGGCCUCACUGGCUGAAGAGUCACAUGAUUAUCCAAAGUGUGUUAAAACGGCACAGAAAGCUCUCAAGCUUGAAACUGAUAUUGAUAAUGUUAAAUUGAAAGCUUAUCAGUCAUUGUGCAAAUGUAUGCCACACACUGAUCCUACUGGGGCUGUUAAAAAUUGCCAGCAAGCUUUAAAAAUCCAUAAAGAUCAAACUUUGCUGUGCGAUAGUGCUGAAGCUUAUCUUGCUGCUGAGAUGUACGAGGAUGCCAUAGCAGAUUUGAAAGAAGCUCUAGAAAUAGACCCGCACUUCCAGCGAGCCAAGGAGUUGCUCCAGACAGCCCAGCAGCGUCAAAAAAUGUCCGAAUCCCGCGACUACUACAAGAUCCUCGGAGUAGCGCGAAAUGCUCCGAAGAAAGACAUCGUCAAGGCGUACCGUAAAGCUGCGCAGACGUGGCACCCGGACAACUUCCAGGACGGCGAGGAGAAGAAACGAGCGGAGAAAAAAUUCAUCGACAUCGCGGCCGCUAAAGAAGUUCUUACAGACCCUGAAAAACGGGCGAAAUUCGAUCGCGGUGAAGACCCUCUCGACCCUGAGUCCGGUAAACAUCCGUCGGGUUUCAAUCCCUUCCAGGAGUUCCAUCAAUUCCAUGGCUCGCCCUUCCAGUUUAAAUUCCAAUUCAACUAAAAUUUUUAACCGCCACAAUUAACGACUCUUGACUCACUAAUAAAAUAAAAAUUCAUAUAUAUACAUACAUAUAUAUGAAAAUUAAUAGUUAACGACUAGACACACGGGUUUAUUAUUUAUUUUGUUUAUUUAAAAUAAAACCUUUGUGAUAAUUAGUCGGUUAUUUAAAUUUAAACUACAGAGUGUGAAAUUAUUUUUAAUUAUCAGGAUUUUUUAAUCGUUUAUUGACUGAACACGACCAUUUUUAAAUCAACAAAUAUACUCGUGUAUGUACAUAUGCGUAUAUAGUUUGUAGAUAAAUAGUUUAAUAAUAAAAUAACAGCUGUGCAAUUAUCAUUAAUUACAUUAAAGACUUUGUAGACAUAUUUAGUCUAAUUAUUUUAUCUACGCGCAGGCUCUUAAAUUUUAAAUUGAGAGUUUGUCGUAAGUCAAAUUUAUGUUAAAAAAACUUUAAUAUCUAAACGGUCAGUCGUAUAAAAAAAUUCUUCUAGUAAAAAAUGUACAUUUUUUUAUGGAGAACAAAAAAAGUAUCUUUGAAUUUAUCGAUAUAUCGCAAACUAAUCGAGAUAAUUGAGAAAUUAGCUCUGCGUGUCAUAUUUUCAAGUGAUUAACGUGAAGAGGACUUUUGAUUGCGAUUAUCUCGGAAUCUAAUCACGAUAUCGCAAAAUUUAAAGAGAACUUUUUUGUUCUGCAUAAAAAAACGAACAUUUUUUAUUUGAAAAAUUUUUUUGUCGGAUUGACUGUUUCGGGUGUAGAAGCAUUUGAACGUAAGUUUGAUAGGAGGAAAUUAUUUGACAUGAAUUAUGUAUGCAAAGUCUUGUGUAAUUUUUCGACUAUUGAUCCUGAUAGAUUUUAAAACUGAAUUUGUAUAGUAAUAAUAAUGAACCGAUGUAAUUAGAUGAAUUAUAAGAGGUUUAAAGCGAUGUACAUACCAUUAUUUUUAGUCAGAAUCUUCCAUGAGGGUUUUGUCGACUGUCAUCUAGCUAUUAUAGUUAUAAAUAUAUUAAUUAACAAAGUUAUAAAUAUAUACAUAUAUAAAUAUUGCUUAAUAUUAAUUUUAAUACAAUGUAAGUGCUGUGCGCGUGUUUGAUGAGUUUCUAAUGUAUAUAAAUUUUAAGAUAAAUAUUGUACUGCUAUAAAUUUGUUUAAAUAUAUUUAAAUAAUUUAUACAUUUAAAA